AAGAAGCUUGGCUAUUUCACUUCACUUUCGGGAGCAUUCAGCAGAGCCAUGAUCACAAGAAAAAUGUUCUUUUCAUUAUUCGUUAUUAUAAGUUCAGUAAUAAGCGGAAUUAAUUCGUUGUCGCUUGUGAAUAAUGUUUCUGUUUCGAGUGAUGUAUUUAGUCAAGUGUUUGUUGAAGAAAUCCGAAAUAAUCCGAACAAAGUUUACACUUCCGGUCCUGAUUUCGGCCAACAUAAUUCGGAAAAAUGUCUCUCCAGUUUACGUAAAAUAGUUAAAGAAAGUUCUAGCCUUCAAGUUGCUCGAUUGUUUGAUGCAUGGGGUAGUAUACCAGCAGGUGUAUUGACUGGAAAUAUGUAUGAUCUUGGCAAUUAUGAUCAAUGUGUUAAAUCUUCUAUAUCUUUCACUGCUUCUGCUGCUGAUGUUAUAAGUUACCAAUAUUGCUUUGUCAAAUUACCUCUUGAGGAUCCUACUCUUGCGAUAAAUAUCGCAAUCUGCAUUCCAAACACCUGUAGUCCAGAUUUAAUAACAUCAAUCUUCAAGGAAUCGACUAAGGCAACUCUGGGCCCAGCUUUUUCCAAUAUAUCAAUUGAACUUUGUUCAGACGGAAAAGUUGGACCACUUACAGCUACAAAUAUCGCUGGAAUAUCUGUUUUUGUUGUCCUGACAGUUUUAGUACUUUUAAGUUCAGCUUACGACAUCUACGUGAGCUAUAAUCAAGAAAAGCCAAACCCUGUCCUCAUAGCCUUUUCAAUGCUCACAAACGGAAAGAGACUAUUUGCAAUCAACACGAAGCGAUCUCCAAACAAUAUUGACUGUCUCACUGGAAUUCGGGUUAUAGCAACCCUUUGGAUUAUUAUGCAUCACACUUUCAUUCACGCCUCCACUGCUGCCGUCAUAAACUCAUUCGACAUAAGAGCUUGGACCGUCAGUUUGGAGUACAUGCCGAUUUACAAUGGAAGCAUGACAGUGGAUUCAUUCUUCUUCAUGGGUGGUCUGCUGGUAGCUUGGAUUGGAUUCAAGGAAUUGGAUAAAACAAAUGGAAAAAUCAACUUCAUAAUGAACAUUGUCCAUCGUUAUAUCCGUUUGACGCCUAUUCUGGCAGCUGGUCUGAUCUUAGCUUAUAGUGUGAAUAGCAUAAUUUACACGGGACCACUCAAGGAAACUUUCGUGGAAAUGCGUAAAUGUAACAGCCACAAUUGGUGGCCAAUUCUACUUUAUGUUCAAAACUAUGUUCGGGAUCCAAAUUUGAUAUAUGACGCGUGUUAUGCAGAAGCUUGGUAUUUGGCUAUCGACUUUCAGCUAUAUGCUCUUUCUCCGCUGAUUUUGCUAGCAAUGUGGAAAUGGGGAAAAAAAUUUGUGCCAGUUUUAGUGGCAUUAGGAUUAGCAUCGAUUGGAUGGGUUAUGGGAAUAUAUAUUUCGGAACAAUAUACUGGUCUUGCAUUGGGGGCUAAUCCACAUGAAUGGGAGACAAUCUAUACACAAACUCACACUAGAUUCGCACCUUGGCUCAUUGGUUUUGGUUUUGGAUAUUUUAUGCACAAAAAUCGUCAAUCACAGUUCAACAUUUCCAAAAUUGUGCAAAUAGUUUGUUGGUUCACUAGUUUCUUCACGUUGGUAGCAAUAAUUAUGGGACCUUAUUUUUCAAUACACGCCAAUGGUAAGGGUACCGUUUUCGAGGCUACAAUGUAUGAAGGUUUGAAACGGGUAUCUUGGGCACUGGCACAUGCUUGGAUAACAUUUGCUUGUUUCUACGGAUUCGGCGGUAUUGUUGACGUAUUUCUGUCACAUCCGUUAUGGCAGCCCUUAGGACGUUUAUCGUAUGCGAUGUACAUGAUGCAUAUGCCAAUAUUACGAAUGCAUUAUGGAUUGGCGCGUACAGAAAUAUAUUUUUCAACUUACACUGAGUUUUUGGCUUUUUGGGGUGUACUUGGGAUAACAAUUCUGUAUUCGAUUUAUGUGACAUUGCUCUUUGAGUCACCAAUUUUAGCCCUGGAAAAGGUUAUUUUCAGUCGUGAUAAGCCAGUGAAAAAGGAUAACGCAGUGCAGGGGCAAGCACAGCCACCACCAGUGUUUAAUAUUGUCAUCGAUUCUGAGGAAAAUAAUUCAAAAGUGCAGAACAAAGAAAUUUGAAAGAAAAAUUAUACACGAAAUAUUUAUUUAAAAAACGAAACAAAACAGUAUUUAGAAAUAAAUUAUUAUUAUAAGAAAUAUGAUACUUUUUUUGUGUGGCCUCUAAUGAGGGUUUAAAUAAUAUGGUUAUUUCUAAAGA